AUGCAGGUCCAGUACGAUCCAUCACUUGAUCUUGGAGCUCAAGAGCCCUUUGCAAUGGAGCACCAUUCUGUUCCCAGGUCCUAUGAGCUGGAUUUCAGCAAUAAAGAGAACAUCGACGAGUGGUAUAUGGUUCCUGGAAACUCCAAUUUCGUCAUCGACUACGAGUAUCCUCAAAUGCCCCCCUUCGCCGAGAACGUGACAGAUUUCUCGUACUUCACUCCUCAGACACCAAAGACAUUCGGGAUGAACUUUGGGUUUUCUCCUGUUGAGAAGGGCGAGUUCCUUCUAGUUGAUCCCUUAUUAGGUACUGGGAUGGCCUUGGACGACGGGUACAUCUCUAAUCACUCGCUUCAGCCUAUUGAGAUGCCCAUGACUAGUCCAUCUAGUGUGAGCUCGGUUCCCGAGGACUCGUCUUGGGAGUUCGUCAAGCCACUUACAAUCGAAUCUGUCUGGGAUCUCUCAGCUUUGCACCCCGACUCAUGCAACAUCUUGGGCCGAAGGAACUCGGAGCCUUUCAACUGGUCUGGUGCAUCCACCCCAACAACCAACUCACAGGAUGAGCGCGAAGACCCUUCAGCUUUACUAGCACUAUCUCUGAGGGACGGCUUUCGUUACCCCUGCCCUGACACAUCUUGCAACAAGAGUUUCAAGCGCAAGGAGCAUGCUAAGCGUCAUUACGUGACCAAGCACAAGCCAAGAAUGCAUUAUCUACAGUGUGAAUUCUGUGGCAAGGACACCUUUACUCGUCGAGACAACUUGAAUGCCCACCGCCGACUGCAUGCUCGACACCCUGUCAAGAACAACGGCGGUGUCCACUUUGUUCCUGCGGCACUGAAAGUGCUGCAAAAGGUUCAGAAGCCUACGGCAUAUAACGGCAAGCUGCUUCGCCUACAUGGCUAG